AGUAGUGAUUGUUGUGGGUGGAUGAAGAAACGUGGGAAACACGGAGUGUGGAAGGCGAGGUAUUUCUGUUUGAAGGGGACGAGGUUGGCGUAUUAUUAUUCUGACAAGGAUACGAAGGAGAAAGGGUUGAUCGAUAUCAAGAGUCAUCGAGUACAGAGUGCGGUGGACGAUAUCCUCGUCGUUGGAGGCGGCAAGUUCUGUUUCAAGGUCGUGCCGCCGGCGCCUGGAGCAGCUAAAGCCGCCCUGACGUUCACACCGCCCAAAGUUCACUUCCUCGCCGUCGAUAACCGCGAGGAAAUGAAGAAAUGGGUUGGAGCGUUGAUGAAAGCGACGAUUGUGAACGAUACCACGGUUCCGGUUAUUUCGUCUUGUACUACGCCGCUUGUGCCGUUGAAGAAGGCGCAG